UCCUGCGCUCCUAUUUGAGCGGAACGCUCUGCCCUCUCAGUGCCGCGGCAGAGGAGUGACAGCCAGCCACCACGGGACGCUCUGUAGACAGCCAACUCAUCAUCCGGACAAAUAUCUUAGGUUCAAGAAAUGCUCUUUUUCGUCUUCCUAACCAAACUGAGGAAAAAACUGGCCCAAAAACACAUACAAUCUAAAAAUCUAUUUUGAAGUAUUAUCAUUUUAAUACAAUCCCACAAUCUCUAUAAAUUUCAAGACUCAAUCAUGUCCAAGGACGAUGUUUGUAAAGUGAUGUCUGCCAGCAAACACAAGGAGCGCAAGCCUAAGAAGCCUCACUAUAUUCCCCGGCCAUGGGGCAAACCCUACAACUACAAAUGCUUCCAGUGCCCAUUCACCUGCAUGGAGAAGUCCCACCUGUACAACCACAUGAAGUACAGCCUGUGCAAGAACUCCCUUUCUCUGCUCAUAGAGUCAGACUGGCCGUAUAAAAAGGGCAACAUCCUGCACCCAGAACAGCUACGACCCUUUCAGCAGGCACAUGGCCAUCACGCUACCGGGAAAGAUGGGCUAGAGAAGGGGAAAGGGAUUGAGGAGGGACAAACGCAACAAAGGGCCGUGGAGGAGGAAGGUGAGGACAGGGAAAGCCAGGGACCAGAGGAUGAAGAAGAGGGAGGACAAGGAGAGGGACUUCAGGUCACUAGGUUGACAAAAGAGAGCUCCAGUGACCGCAACAGAGCAGACGGCGCAGAGUGCACUGCCAAGAAAAUCAAACAGCCAGAGUCAGAGCUUCUGAUGGCAGACAUGCUCUCCCUGGAAGAUCAGCUUUUACGAGCACGCUCAGUAGAGGUAGAGGCCCAGCUGAAACACUACAAGCUAUCCAAGACAUAUCUGACGGCUCCUAGCCUGCUGUCGGAACAGUGGCGGCUGUUAGCGUCCAGCCACACUAAGGCCAAAGCUGAAGGUGCUCAGCCUCGAGUGAGUAGUUCAAUCCCCUGUUACCCUCCUCCGCCAAACCUGGUGGAUUACCAGGAUCCUACUGGACUCAACCUGUCAGUGCUCGGGGUGGGCUACCCUAUUAGCCCCAGUCUCUUCUCCUACAUGAACUCUGCUAUUCCCGCUGCUGCCACAGGCAUCACCGCCCAGACCCACGCGCAGCUCGCCCAGCUUCCCUUCUUGGCCUCGGCCGCUCAGCUGAUGCACCCAGCCUCCAGCACCCAUGCAGACAGAGCUCUUAUCCCCCCUCGUCUCUACUAUCCCUUCCUGUGUGAGCACACAUUUGGACCGUCCUCUAGUCAGAGCGAGGGCAGCAAAGCGCUCAAGACGUCCACAAACAGUCUAGAAGCGAAUCCCCUGACUGGCUUCCAGCCUAAAGUCAAUCUGUGGAAAGUGCCUGCUUUACGACCAGGGGCUGCAGCAGUCUCCCAUCCUGGCUGGGUGUCACCACAGAGAGACUCCCCCGACCAGGGCUGCAGGUUGGGGGAUAAACUGCAGGCUACAGCUAAGGAAGGCAAAGCAAGCGGUGGCCUUAAGAGGACAGGGGCCCCUCUGGGGAACCAUGAGGCACCUGUUGAGAAGAAGCCAGCCAUGGGGGGUUUCACUUUGGACCUGCUGAAGAAUAUUCAGACUGCAUCGACUCUUGAUAUGUCAGCGGACAAACUUCAUUUCUAUGGAAGUUUACAGGAUGCUCAGCUACCGACACGGUCCACUGAACUGUGGUACAACAAUCAUCUCACCAGUCCCAACAAAACAACAUCCUCUCUUUCUACCUGUGGGGGAACCAACAGCCAGGACCGGACUGCAGCCCGGACAAUGGGGGAGGGAGCCACAGAGUCCGUGACUGCUCUUCUCAGUGACCUCUCUAAUGCCUUGCAGGAGUACCAGGAGGCUGAACGCAAAAUCUCCCACCUGGAGAAGGAGGACAUUCCUGCCCAGCGCCACCUCUGGGAACACCUGAGCAAAAUCCGCAGCGAGCUAGCCCACAUCCACCAGGCACUGGAGCGGACGGCUCGCCAGAGCGACGGACCUCUAGAUCUGUCGGUCAAGAGGGACUCGACAGAUUUGGUUGGUGACCACGGCAUGAGGGACAACGGCAGCCUUAAAGACAACAGGACAGAGACAGAGGAGGAGGAGGAUGAUGAGGAGCUGGAUGAGAAAAAAGAGGAAGAGGAGAAUGAGAGUGAGAGGAAGGCGAUGAAGGCGUCGUUGGAGAGUCGUAGGCAGUCAUUGGACAUGCUGAUCAAGAUGAGCCAGGCAUCAGUGGUGAACACAGAGGUUCUCUCUCCUGGGGGUCUGGGCAUGAGGCCUAGUUCUGCUGAGGCCUUAUGGCAGAGCAGGACCACCAAGUGCGAGGCGGACUCCAGUGUCCUGCUCUGCCCCGAUGGCCGAUCUGUGGUGUUCACCGACAUCCCCUCCUCUGCCAAAACCCCAAAGAGACCUCCAUCCAUACAGCGACUGGAAGCCCAGUGUCCUCUGAGCUCGUUGACAGCUACUGACUAAUCUAUUCUUCGAAGUGUAAUAUAAUGGACUCUAUGCAGUUGUUGAAAUGCAGUUGUCGUCAUUAUUACUGGCAUGUCUUUGAAUUUCACUGGCUGGAGGAGAACUGUCACUUUUACCCUCGGUUUUACUUCUUAGAAACCUCAAACAUUUUGCACCUUACAAGACAAACAGGGAAUAAGUGACAAAAUUUGAAAAAUAAUCUUACAAAUGCACUACGGACAUUGAUUGUUACAAUAUGAUUCUCCUUAGAAUAAUUUUAAAAUGGGAAAUCAGCACUUAACAACUUCCAUCAGGAUCAUUUAAACAAUUAAGUCCAUUAAAAUCAUGCUGAGAGACAAUCCUUUGAAUGGAUUUGUAAAUAUUGUAAUUUCAAUAAAUGUAAGUAAAAUGUUUUAAAGGAUAAAUGCUUUUAUAUUGAUAAUGUUAUGUUGAACGGCAUCAUUUCACUUGAUAAAAAUACAUUGUAUUAUACACACGUAUUGU